UCCCGUCUAGUUCGGUCUAUAUAAUUUACGUAAUUAGUUAGAGAAUUUUAUAAUAACUAUAUUAAAAGAAAAAAAAUUUAAUUAAAUAAUAUACAAAAUAAAAAAAGGAAAUUAUUUGAUUUACAUAUUUUAUAAAAAAUUAAACGAUUUUAAUAUCUAACUGAAUAAAAUAAUAUUUUUAUAAUUACCAUUUUGUAUUAAACAAAAAAUAUUAAUAAAUAAAAUCAAUAAUGGCCAAAGCAUUAGUAAAUUUAGGAAAAUUUGUGUCUACAAAGAAUUUAACCGGUUUACCGGCAAUUUCUGCAUCAACUGGUUCCACUAAUGUAACACCAAGAAGAAACUAUGCGUCUAAGAGAAUUGAGGCCAAAAAUCCAGUGGUUGAAAUGGAUGGUGAUGAAAUGACCAGAAUUAUUUGGGCAUUUAUUAAAGAUAAACUUAUUUUCCCAUAUGUUAAGAUUGAAAGUUUGUACUAUGAUUUAGGAUUACCUUACAGGGAUCAAACAAAUGAUCAAGUCACUAUUGAUGCUGCGCAUGCUAUUUUAAAACAUAACGUUGGUAUUAAAUGUGCAACAAUUACUCCAGAUGAAGCUCGUGUAGAAGAAUUUAAAUUAAAAAAAAUGUGGCUGAGUCCAAAUGGCACAAUUCGUAAUAUACUAGGCGGUACAGUAUUCAGAGAACCAAUUUUAUGUAAAAACAUUCCAAGACUAGUCCCUGGUUGGACAAAACCAAUAAUUAUCGGUCGUCAUGCUCAUGGUGAUCAAUAUAAAGCAAAGGAUAUUGUUGUCAAAAAACCUGGAAAAGUAGAAUUAGUUUUCAAAGGAACGGAUGGUUCAGUAGAAAGACACGAAGUAUUUGAUUUUAAGACUUCUGGAGUUGUUAUGGGAAUGUAUAAUACAGACGAUUCGAUUGCUUCAUUUGCACAUUCAUCAUUCCAACUUGCCUUACAAAAAAAAUGGCCUUUAUAUCUAUCAACAAAAAAUACAAUUCUUAAAGGAUAUGACGGUCGUUUUAAAGAUAUCUUUCAGGAAAUUUAUGAAAAAGAAUAUGUUAGUGAAUUUGAAAAGAAUAAAAUUUGGUAUGAACAUCGAUUAAUUGAUGAUAUGGUUGCACAAACGUUAAAAUCUGAUGGUGGUUUCAUAUGGGCAUGUAAAAAUUAUGAUGGUGAUGUACAAUCAGAUGUUAUAGCUCAAGGAUAUGGUUCUUUAGGAAUGAUGACUUCUGUAUUAAUGUGUCCAGAUGGCAAGACAAUUGAAUCUGAAGCCGCUCAUGGUACAGUCACAAGACAUUAUAGACAACAUCAAAAAGGACUUCCAACAUCAACAAACCCGAUAGCCUCAAUAUUUGCAUGGACAAGAGGCUUAUUGCAUCGUGCCAAAUUGGAUAAUACACCAGAAUUAGCAAAAUUUGCACAGGCACUAGAGGGCGCUUGUGUAGAAUGUGUUGAAUCGGGUAAAAUGACCAAAGAUUUAGCUAUUUGUAUUCAUGGAAUGAAAAAUGUUAAAGAUAAUAUGUUUUUGAACACUGAAGAUUUCUUGCAAGCUAUUGCUGAACAUACGGAAAGAAAAAUGAAAUAAAUUAUUUAUUUUAAUAUAAAACUUUAAAUUUUAAAUUACUUAAUUUUGUCAUAAGCCUUCUUUUUUUUUAUUUUUCAAAUAAAAGUGUGC